AUGACUGCGGGUCCGUGUAGAAUGGAUACGUGGGUGCGCGAGAUAGAGCUAAUCGCCAGUUCACAAUCCAGCGACGACAAGUCGCAAGCAGAACACCAGAGCUUGUCGGACUCGGAGGACCAGGUAGCGCACUCGGCUUUCUGGGCACCGCUGUUGAAGCGAGACAGUCUCGCGAACGGGUAUGCCGUUCCGGAACGGAGCACACCUGUGAAGUUGGUGAGUGCCUGCGCCGGCUGUUGUGCGGAAGCAGCGGCAAUGAAAGAACUGGGAAUUCCCUUUCAGUGCCUCUCCAUGUCGGAGCCCGUGGAAGCCUUCAGGACAUUUGCGAGGGCGAACAUGCCAGAUGCUGUAGUCCACUUGCACGAAACCCUUCGAGAGCAAGUGGAGGGUGCCCCAUGCUUGAACCAUCCUCAGAAGCGCAGGUGCGAUCUCCAGACCCAGGUUGACUUACUAGUUGCAGGAACGCCCUGCAACCCGUUCAGUGGCCAGCGUCACAAACGGUUUAAGCCAGGGUCAGUGGCGAAUCACGCUUUGACAUCGCACACGUACAAAGAGCUGUUGGCACUUGUGCGCAAGACGCAACCCACCAACAUCAUCAUGGAGCAGAGCGAGGGGUUUGGGAAACCAGUAGCCAGCGGAGAAGCAGAGUCCCCACUGGAUCAGUUCCUUGUCCGAUAG